AUGGCGGUGAAUUCUAGUUCGGUGUCGCGGAGUAUUUUCGAGGCUCAAAGUGUGAUCCGUAAAGGAGCUAGGAAGCGGAUUGGUAACAAUUGUGGUACAAAUGUUCGGAAGGAACCGUGGCUGGUGGAUCCUACCACUAAGUUUGUUAGUAUGCCUAUUCCAAAUGGUUUGGUUGAUACCACUGUUAAUCAACUUAUGGAAGUUGGGGCCAAAGUCUGGGAUGAAGGGCUAAUAAGGGACAUUUUCCCUAGCAAUGUGGUGACUAGUAUUUUUAAUGUUCCUCUUAGUAGGAGAAAUGUUUGUGAUUCCUGGGUUUGGAAACAUGAAGCUAGGGGAAUUUGGAAAGUUCAAGCACCUCUUCACGCCAAAUUUUUUUGGCGUUCUUGCUCUGGUUUUCUUCCAACUGUGGACACGUUAGCCACGAAGAAGGUAUUCAUCAAUUCUACGUUCCCUGUGUGUGGGUAUGGUGAUGAGUCAGUUUUGUAUUUAUGUGUGCAGUGUAAGUUUGCUAAGGAAUGUUGGCGUAAGUGUAGAAGUUGGCUGUCUUCGUUGAGUGUGGAGGAUGUUGCUCUAGUGGCUAUGACUUGUUGGUUUUUGUGGAUUAACAAAAACAACGUGGUUUGGGCAAAGAAGAAGAGUAUGCCGAGUUCAGUUGUUUGUGAUGCAAGAUAUAGUGUGGCAGCGUGGACAGCUGCAAAUUCUCAGCAAUUAAAGUUGCGGUUAGCCGAUGUUGGCAGAGAUGAUUGGGCAGUUGUGUGGAAAGCUCUGAGUGUGGGUUGGUGGAAGGUGAACGUCGAUGUGGCGGUCUUUCCGGAGCAGAAUAGGAUAGAAAUUGUCAGUUUAAGGGAAGCGUUAAGCUGGCUUAAAGGGCGUUCAAACGUAAGUGUUGAGCCGGAUUUGAUGGAGGUUAUCUUGGAAGUGAGAAAUCCUGAGUUGUCCAAACAGGAUGUGUUUAUUGAAAACUAUACCGAUCUGGCGAAACAGUUAGUUAAUUUUCCUUUAUUUUUGUAA